AGAAUCCAAGAAAGUCGCCCUCCGCAGCGACCGCCGGCGCCAGCCCCAUUGACGCAAUCUGCCGGGAAACAUGUAUAUUCAGCCGUCAGUGUACUGGGCUUGGUACUGCACAGUGCUCGGCGUGGUUAUUACGGCGUUGAUGGUGCUGCAUGUGGCGAGGAAACAGUUCCGAGGUCAGCAACGCAUGCGCUGCAACAUGAUUCAACGGAAUCUGCUCGGGAAUCAAUCUGGUACGCCGUACGGACGACAUGACCUGGAACGAGGCAUUCCAAAGGAAGACCAGUGGAAGUGCGAUAUCUGUGACUUUUGCAACAACGUAUCAAAGCCAGAGUGCGUGUUGUGUGGCACGGAGCGAGGCUUUUCGCUGACGGCGACGCUGCUUGGAACGUCGCCGGCUCUCGCUGGGCACCAUCCUGCAUCCGAUCGCAACUCGAUCACGGGUCUGACGAGCCAUCCUUCCCGUCGCCGCGAAUCUGUGAGCUUGCCUGCAAACGCACGACUCUCCUUCGUCGAUCGCAACAAAGCGUUUAAGAUCCGUCGCUUGAAUGCCCGCCAAGACGCCGCUCGGAAGCGCAAAGAAUGGGUCCGUGAAGUCGAUGCGGAAGGCAGAGGGUACUGGACCCGAAGCAGCCACAAGUCGUCGUCAUCUGCGACGUCAGCCGAGGGCUUUGUUGCUCGAGUCGUUCCAUCAUCUGUGUACGACGGAGGGGAAAUGCGCCUCACGUUUGCACCAACAUCGCGAGCUGACGCGUUGCUUUCGUUUGACGGGAGCGCGAUCCACGAAGCCGACUUGGAAGUGCUGCAUGUGGUGGCCGCGAUGCCGUUUCCGGAGAAGUAUGCAUGGUUUGUCGACCAAACGCACGGGCUCAUGAAGACGUGGAAGGACGGCCGGCUAAAGAUCAAAGUUCAUCGGUCGAAUGUCCUCGUCGAAUCGUUUGAACAAGUGCUCGGGAUGCAGCGGCAGCACAUUUACAUGCCGCUACGUAUCGAAUUCAUCGGCGAGUCGGGGCUGGACGCCGGUGGCCUCGAGCGUGAAUGGUUCACCAUCUUGACCGAGGAACUGUUCGACGACUCGCUUGGGCUCUUUCAAGCGUGCCACAAGGACGUUGGCGCGUUCUAUAUCGAUCCGCACUCUGCUGACGUGACAAAGGACCACCUCCUGUACUUCAAGGCCACGGGCCGACUCCUUGGCCGCGCGCUUCUCAGCGGCCACCUCCUCACCGCGCGGCCUUGCCUGCCGCUCCUAAAGCACAUCCUGGGGGUUCCCAUCUCGUUCCAUGACAUCCAAUACCUCGAUCCUCAAAAGUACAGCGGCCUGCAGUGGCUGGACGAAAACGACAACGUCGAGUGUCUUGAUUUGACGUUUAGCUGCACCGAGUUGUGCCAGGGCAACAAGACCGUCGAAGUCGAUCUCAAGCCGAAUGGCCGGAACAUCCCCGUGACGGACGAAAACAAGGCCGAGUACCUGGCACUGACGCUGCGCUACCUCAUGUUGGAUCGGUGUUCGGCGCAGCUCCACCACUUGCUCACGGGGCUAUUUGAGGUAAUACCCCAGGAGAUGCUCAUGGUGUUCGACUACCAAGAACUUGAACUUGUCCUGUGCGGUGUCCCCGACAUCAACGUCGCCGACUGGAGGGCCAACUCGGUGUGCUCGCCAGAUCUGGUCCACUCGCCUGUCCUCGAGUGGUUUUGGGAUGUGGUCGCUGCCAUGUCGAGCGAAGACAAGGCCCGCCUCCUCCAGUUUGCCACGGGCAGUUCGCGGACACCGGUGCAGGGUUUCAAAGCUCUCGUCAGCUACGACGGCCAGCUCUGCCCGUUCUCGCUCCAGGCCAUCCCGUUCACCGACACAGCGUACCCCCGCGCGCACACGUGCUUCAACCGCAUCGACCUCCCUCUCUACAAGUCCAAGGAGCAGCUGCAGGACAUUCUGACCGUUGUCAUCAACACAGAAAUCACGGGGUUCACGGAGGAAUAGAGCAGGUCAACGGUAGCAGCAAAGCCCACGAAACAUACAAAGAUAUCUAUUGA